AACUUCGUUAUUGUUACACUAUGUGCGGCUACCUGGCUGGGCAGUAAACGCUUAAGAGAGAAUGAUUUGGCAACAUGUAGAGGCCUUUGGUCCCGUCAAUCCUAACGGCUUUCCUGACCCGCCGCGGACAAAGGUCGUACCGAUGCACCCGCAAGCUCCAUAUGACAACCAAUGGGCUGAGGCCAGCUCAAUAUCGGGGGUGCGGCUUCAAGGGCCAUCUUCCUCGCUUUUGCCCCCGCAACGGACCGCGGGCUUCGAUUGGCGUGCACAUCUUGCAGCCGUACAAGCUGCACGCCUAGGCCGUGAGCAACAGCUAGCAGGGCUUGCCCUUAUAGAGCUCCCGCUCAACCGGCAGCAUCACCACGACGUUGACGUUGCCCACAAGUCGCCCGGCAAUACCGUGCCGGGAUCACUUGAAGCAGCACAGCAGCCGGCGGGAGCGCAACCAUGGCAGCCAAACGCAACACAUACAGCAUCGUACGGGCCACCGCCUCCAUCUUAUCCAGGAAUCUCGCCUGGUUUACCGUCAGGACAGGCGCAGGAGGCUCGCUCUUCUCCUGGCUCUGCAGGUCAUACCGCCACUGCAACUGCAGUGGCCACGGCGGCACGCAGCGGGUCUCCGGCACCGAGCCUCGCCGCAAGCCCUCCUCCGUCCCAAACAAUCCGCCCAGACGCAGCUACACCAGCAGCAGCAACUGUGGAAACAACGAAAGCAGCCUCUGACACACCAGCGCGUUCUGUUAGGAGUAGGGGUGACGUCCCCAAUGGCAACAAGGACAGCAGCAGCAGCGCCGAAAGUGACAGCGACAGCGACCGUUCUUGUAGGUCUGGAAGUUGGAGUAGGAUCAGACCGGCGCCAACAGGCCAGGGAACCCCAGGCAGCGUCAGCAGCGCUCUUGCUGAAACCUGCAGCAAAGGCGGGCAGCCGGGCACCAGCCCAGACCACCUCCAGCGCCGUCUUCGCCGCAGGCGCUCCUACACGGUCGUGUAUGUGCUGGAUGGCGGAGCUUCGCCAGCUGCGCGCUCCUCCGUGACGGCUGCCGCUGCAGCGGCUGUCGAAGCAGCGGCUGCUGCAGUUGCGGCCGUGGACGAGGGGCGAGCUGGGCUGCAACAAGGGCUGAUAAGUCCUACGAGGGAGGUGGCUGCGGUCGCGCCAUACCCGGCGGAGGAAUGCCGCUCUACACAAGGUAGCUCAUUGGAGGCGGCGCGCGUCUCCGGAACCUCAGCGUCAGCGGCGGUGCUGCAACAGCAAGAGCAGCAGCAGCAGCAUGCGGGUGCGGGUGCGAAUGGCAGAAGCGACGGGAACCGUGUGAUCAUGGCUAAAACUACUGGGGGAACCCGCGGUGCAGCGGCUAGUUGCAAGGCGGGCGACGCACGCAGGUCGCACGCUGGAUUGGCGGGUGGAGGAGAUGCCACGGCCUCCAGUCAAAGCGCCAGGGUCUCGUCGCCACAAGAGCUAUUAGCUGCGGCGGGCGGCACCGUUGCACAACUUGCAUUGCAGCACAGCGCGCAGCCGGUUGCUGUCCAGGCGCAACCCCUGGAAGCUGGAGCAGCGGGCGCAGCAGCGGAUGCUGCCAGCUUCGCCCCUGGCCGCACCCCCAGGGACGUACCCACCUACGCCUCUUCUUACGCAGCACCAUCAGCUUUGGUCCCUGGUGAAGACCGCGCGGUGCCACCGGAUGCCUACCAACCCCAAGCAUCCCAUGCCGUAAAGGCUGCCAAGGGCAGGGCGUUGCAGGCGUCAGGCUCAGCCGCAAGCAGCCCCCAUGCAGUCCCCAUGCAACCGGGAGCCACCGGGCUGCUGGCUGCCGCAGCACGCGCAGCAUGGUCCGCCCCCGCCCCCGCCAGUGAAAUGCCGGUAGUCCAGCAAACCGCAGCCAGGCCGGAGCCGGCCGCGCCCCCGUCUCCUUCAUCGCCAUUGCUACCGGCUGCGCCUCCACAGGAGCUGCGGUGGCGGCGGCAACAGGGCAACAAGGGGCAAGCGGGAGCUGCUGGUGUUGAACCUUGCAUGCAGCAGGCAGAGGGGGAGCAACGGCUGGCAGCAUCACCCUCUCCGCCGCCGCAGCCACGAUCGCAGCAGCGGCUGCUUCAGCAGUCUGAGGUCUGGCGGCGGUCGCAGUCCCCACCCGCAGCGGUAAGGAGAUGGCUGGAGGGCCAUGCGCAGGAGGAGGAGCCGCAGCUAAGGCAACGCAACACACCACAGCACUCAAGGGCGUGCGCCGCGAACAGCAUGCAGUCACCACAACGAAAGCCAUUGAACAAGGUUGCGUCCGGCUCGGUCUCUGGCCCGCCGCAGACCGCACAGACGCGUGCUGCUGGUGGUAACCCCAUGCGCAGCCCUUCUAGACUAGCAUCGGGGGGGCUGCCUCACAGUGCCGGCACGCCUCAGGAACGCAACACUAGCCCCCAGGCCCACAAGGCAAACGAACGGGCUACAGGCGCCGGCGGCGGCUCCUCCAAGCCCCCAGGCCAACCACAGCCGCAACCUACCCUCGGACGCAGCCCCGGCCGUGCUCGCGACCCCUCCAACACGCCCGCGGUGUUCCACAGCUCCCCGCAGGCUGCGGGAGUUCGGCCGCUGCCCAAGAACGGCCAUGACUCUCAUCAUGGGGCCAGGCAGGCCGCAGCGGCAAAGCACCGAGGCGGCGGGGACCACGAGGAUGUCGACCGCAGAGGAGGUCGUGGGACAGCUGCCUCGCCGCCUGCUGCUGGUCAGACCCCGACUAGCAAGAAGGGUGUGUCAGACCGCCCUGGCGCCAUCCGGAGAACUCGCCUGUCCUUCUCCUCCUCCUCGUCGCCUCCCCCCUCGCCCUCCUCAUGCGCCUCCAGCAGCGAAACCGACCCACUGUACUGGCUGCUGAAGGCCAACCUGACGGACCGCAUUCUGGGCGUGCGAGGCGGCGGCCACCUCCUGGCAGCCUCCGCAACCGCUUCGCCAUUCGCCCCGCCAGCGGCGGCGCUGGAGGGCGGCGACGAGGCUGCUGCUCUGGGUGUCGUUAACGGCGGGGGGGAGGACGUGGCGCUUGGGGCCCGGUCGCCAGGCGAGGCACGGCGGCCCCUGACGCCCAGGGGCGCGUACAAGGUUACCGCGCCAGGGCCGGCGUGGGUAGCGCCGAGGCGGCUGUGGAGAGCGGAGUCGCCGCAGCCGCUGCCGCCGGGCGUUGGGGCGCGUGUGCAGGAGGAGUUUGUGAGGCGUGUUGCACGCGGGGACUACGGGGAGGGAAGGCGGGUAGCUUCGCGGCGUGUGGAACGCGGUUGCAUGGAUACGGGUGGGCGGUCCCGCACGGCCAGCCGGCAUCCCCGAAGCCCCGCUGCCGCAAGCCCGCAUAGGCACCGCCGGAGCCGCAGCCGCCGUGACAGGAGCCCAGGCGGAUCACCACGAGGGGAGCGGCGCUAUCGCGGGCGCGGGUGCUCUCCAGCGCACCGUCACGUGGCGGAGCAUAAGGAGCAUAAGUUGUGUCACUCGCACCAUGACCGCCGCCAUUUCUACGACCAGCGGCAAACAAGGAUCGGCCAGAGAGGCGCCGCGGACAAGGACCGGCAGCGGCAACACGACUGGGAGGAUGGUGGGAGCGAUGACGGCGGCAGUGCUGAGCCGUCGCGACGCGGCUGCAGCAAAGGCGGGAAUCGCAACAGGACGCCGCUCCCAGCCCCGGACGGCGAUGCAGCGGCAGUAGGGGUAGCUGGCCGCGUCCACGCCUACGAUCUAGUGUCCGCUGUGAGUAUCACAGUCGACAACCCGCUGCUGCCAGGGUGGAACGCCGCUGGAGCGGCGGCCUCAAUGCAACCGUUCACGGCUGCGGCAGCUGUCGAUGACAUUACCGCUGCAGGGGUUGGCGGCGGCGGUGCGGCCAACACGGAACAGCAGCGGUUGUGCAGUGCUGUGGGUGCGGUGACUGGCAGCGGGGCUCUCAACCAGUCCCUGGAAACAGAUGGUGCUGCGGCAGCGGUGCUCUGCGGAGCACUUGGUGUGACCGCCGGUGUGGCGAAGCAUGAGAAAGGCGCGGAUGCUGCAGGGGGUGCUACAGCGGAUGCAACAGCCACGAGAUUGCAACACGCCGGGAGCUUGGCAGCGCUUCGUGGGAGCGUGGGGGCUGCAAGGGCGGGCGACGCAUCCGGCAGCAUGCAGCCGGGUUCGGUGCAGCUUGGGUCGGAAUUGGGGGAACAGAAAGCAGUCGCGGACAAGAGCGCUGACCGUGCCCUCCUGUUACCUUGCGCCAAGACUUUAUCAGCGAAUGCGCAGCUACCUCCGUCAUUUGCAAGCAGCCAAGAUGAGUUCCAACGCGUGGAUCGCCAACAAGGGCCGUCAGACGUCCCCAACGUGGCCAAAGAGACCCAUGGGUCACCAUCGGCUGUGAACGCCUCAUCGGGGCUUCCAAGCUCGUUGGCCAUUGAGGAUAACCGGUUAAUGCGGCGGCCAGCAGAGGAAGAACCUCGUCCCACGGCGCUCAACUCUGUAGCUGCGCCUCAGGUGCCGCAACCCUUGCACCCAACACUGCCAGUAGCUGCGGCUGCAAGCGCGGCUGUCGUACCUCCAUUGGCGCAUCCGGCCGCGGGCGACGCGGCUGCUGCGGUUUCUGGGCCGGCUGUAGGGCGGCUAACGUUGACGCAAGGGGCGCCGACUGUGGUCUCUGCGGAGCGAGUUGGCAUGCCGGCCAUCCAGGUCAUCAUCACUGGGCCGACGACGUUCGUUUCAGCAGGUCCCCCUGUGUCGCCACGAGAAGGAGCUCCUACCUCCUCCACCCAGCAACAAGGGCCGCAUGAGCUGUCCUCGACCGGGCAGCCAGUCCUGCUGUUCAGCCAAGCAGCUGAUGCGGCAGCAUGGAAACGGCAAGACUCUCACAAGUUCACAUUCGCCACCGGGCCCUUUUUCGCGGUGCACACAGCCGCCCCUGCUGCCGCUGCUGGCGGCGGCGGCAGUGCUGGUGGUGCAGGUCAAGGUGUUGGUCCGCCUGGGUCUUGGUUCGGCAGCAAGAGUGGUGGCGAUGGCAACGGCAGCUAUGGCCAGGCCGCUGCUCCACCACUACUACCGGAGCAACAACCCCAGCUACCACCCACGCAUGCAGCAGCAGCUUCAGCCGCAGCUAGGGAGGGGUUCCUCCCAUCUGGAUUCCAUGGGCAUGGGCCCCAGGGAUCCAACAGCCGCCAGCAGGGGUUUCUCCCGUUUGCAACGUCCUGGCCACCUGCCUCCCACGAACAGCAGCAGCGACAGCCGGCUGUCCCGAGCCACCCGCAGCGUCCGCCACCUAAUUCUGACCCAACACUGUCGCAGCAGCAGCAGCAGCAGCACCAAUAUCAGCAACAUCUUGCACACGACCAGCACCCGUCCUCCCGUGCCCGUCCUGGCGCCGGUUCCCACCUCCAAGCUGCAGAGAUGCAGCCAGCUUGGACCCGUGGGUCAUCAGCCGCCACUCAUCUGGUGGACAUGGCGUCCCCUCACGCUGAUAGCACCCUCGGCGGCCGGUGGGAGCUGCGAGGCUCCAGCAGCAACGGUAGCAGGCAUUCCAGCGGCGACGGGGGUGGCUCCUUUAACGGCAGGCCCCAGCAGCCAGCUACGGGCCCGCGUGUCACCGCCCCGCUAACGUCAGGUCGAGCUGCCGGGGCAGGAACAGGCGAUUCGGGGCUUGUGGCGGGCGGGCCGGGUGUGGUGGGCGUGCUUCCUUUGGGCGGUGGGGCUGGUGUGGAGUUCACGGUGCGCCUGACGGGGCUGGCGCCGCCUGCAGCGGAUCCCUGCAGGGAUGCUGCUGCUCAGGCGGGCUUGGAAGGCAGGCGGGAGCAGCAGCCGCAGCAGGUGCAGCAGCAACAGAAGGGACAGGGCAUGGGAUCUGGGUCGGCCUGCUUGCACAGCGCGAUGCAAGCGUACGGUUCCCACCCGGAGGGGCGGAGGCAGGAUGAUGCCACGCUGGUGUGGCUGCCGGGGCACGGCCAUGGGCAGGAUCAACAGCCCGCCUCACACCUACAUCGCUUCAACGCCAAGACCUCUUCCGAACUCCCAAACACGGCAUACCGCUCUAUGGCCCCGCCACCCUCGCCACCCCCGCCACCCCAGCCGCUGACAAUCGGCGUCUUCGCCGCGGCGCCACCGCGGCAACAUGCAGCCCAGACGUCGCAGCCACCCCAGCCGCCGCAUGGCUAUGGCGCAAACAGACUGGGGCCAUCAGGGGUUCUUCACCCUCGGGUUUCGGUCCACAACAGCGAUGCCAGGGGCCUCCAAGCGGGCGGCAGCGGUGCGAUUGCGGCGCAGGGGCCGCCUGCCUCAGGCGCAGUCCGGGUAGACCUGAGCGAUGGGCGAGUCCUCCAGGCUUUGCGGCAGGGGAGUGGCCGGCUGCAGUGCUGACGUGCGGUCUGGAGCGCGGGGUAGGGGUUCUUGCUUGGCUUGGUGUUUGUGUGUGUGUGUGUUUUCGGAACGAGGGGCUAGGUGCUAGGACACACGCGUCAAGCCCAAGGAGGGUUGCGGUGUCAUCCUGCAAGUUGCAGUGGCUAACAGUUUUCCAGGUGUUCAGCUACUGGCGCCAGAGGAUUAGGGGCUGGUAUGAUGAAAGGGUGCUGAAAACUUGUACUGCACCCAUGUACGGCCCACAGGUAACAGGGCCUUGUUUCUUACCACGAAAUGUAUUUGGGCACGCAUUUGGGUUUCAUAGGUCUGCCCUUCUGAUGCGUUUACGCACACAAGAUGUGAUGACGAUGCUGAUGAUGAUGGUGAUUAUAACCUUACAAGCUUAAGGCUCGUAAGGCCCAGAUGCGCCGGGAGGCUCAUGGAUAGGACA